AGGUUUUGCAACCUUGUGAAUCUUGUAGAAUUUAAUAUGAGAUCGAUGAAAAAUCUCGGGCUUUGAGAAAGUUGGUUUCUGUCAACUCUCUCCGUGCCACUAAACUUCGGGUUUUCGAAAAUCAAACGAGCUGAUAGGUGCUACUAAAUAAAUUUUCAAUAGCUGAUAAUUAGUUACUGAGGAUAUAUUUGGAUCUUGUAUUGAAUCAGAGUUGUGAUAGUACAGUUCAAUUUUAAAACAAUGGCCGGAGUCAAACCUAUGCAUCAUGAUCCAAAGAAGGUGGAGCAAUUAAACCAGGAGUUAUUCAAAGCAGGUGCUAUAGGUGCUUUUAAAGGUGGUCUUAUAGGUUUAUCUUCAGGGCUGCUUCUAAGACUCAUAAGUAAAACAUACCGUAAUGUGAGAACUCCAGUUCGUGUUUUCUAUCAUGCUACCUGGAUUAGUAUGGGUAUAGUGUUUUGGGCAGAAAAGCAAGUUUUAGUAUUUGAAGAUAAACUGUAUGCUGAAGAAAAUGAAAGAAGGGGCAGAAUAUUAGAUGAAGCAGCUGAGAGAGGUAUAUUCUUGGAAGAUGAU